CGAUGCAGAAGCAGGCGAGGAAGCCGGGGAUGAUGAACUAGGGCGCAGGGGCAGCUCCAGCCGCAUCCCCCUCCUCUGAGCGCUGUAAAGCCCCCGUGCAGACGGGAGGAGGAAGAGGGGUAAAGCUGAUCCCCUCUCCCCAAGCUCCCCUCCACCAUGGCCUCUGGGAACAGCAGUGACCCACCAGACCGUCAUCGGCGCAGGGCCAGAGAGGGGCGUAGACCGUCGCUGAGGCUCAAUUCAGAAGAUCAGGUGGCCCAGGAGACUGAGGAGGUGUUCCGGAGCUAUGCCUUCUACCGCUACCAGCAGGAGAGGGAAGAGGGUGGAGGGGAGGUGCCGAUGGACCCCGAGAUUGCAGAGAUCCAGCAGGAGCCGGGCAGCACCAGUAACCAGGUGGGCAGGCGCCUGGCUAUCAUAGGAGAUGACAUCAACAUGCGGUAUGACGCAGAGUUUCAGAACAUGCUGAAGACCCUGCAGCCCACGAAGGACAAUGCCUAUGAGUACUUCACUAAGAUAGCCUCCAGCUUGUUUGACAGCGGCAUUAACUGGGGCAGGGUGAUUGCGCUGCUGGGGUUCGGUUACCGGAUGGCGAUUCAUGUGUACCAGCACGGGGUGACCGGCUUCCUCCGGAGCAUCGCUCGUUACGUGGCAGAAUUCGUGCUCCGCAACCGCAUCGCCCAGUGGAUCGCCGACCAAGGAGGAUGGGUGGCAGCACUGGAGUUGGAUAACGUUUACGUGUUGUACAUGAUGGGAGUGUUGGUCGUGGUCCUGCUGGGUCAUUUGGUGGUACGACGCUUCUUCAGCCCAUGACUGGAGUGGAGGCCGAGGCCGGCGAUCCGGCCAAACUCUCUCUCUCAAUACUUCACGCCGUCAUAAAGACAUCUCCUGAGAGAGAGGGGCUCAGGGAACAAACAAGGGAGAGCAGUUUGGAAAUGAUGACUCCUCUUCGGAGACAGCACCAUCCACGGAGAGACUGCCAUCCGUGGGGAGACUGCCAAGAACUACACAGAGAGGCGUUAAUGGGGGGAUUUUGGGGGUGGGUGGGGAGGGAUUGAAUUAUCUCAUCCAAAGGUUGAAUGCAGCAGUCAGGAACAUCAGCACGAUGACAUUCCCAGCAUGCAGCGAUGGGCGAGGGUUACAGGCUCCUGCAGUGUACAGAAACUGGAGAAGCCCCAUUAGAGGAACAAACGUUGUUAAAGUAAUGCAAGUGUCUCCCGCAUCCACUGAGUGGCAUUCUCAAGAGCCAUCCCCGGGAAAGGCACGGAGCAUCCUCUAAUGGAUCUCAGCCCAGAUCUAGCCUGCCUUCGCAGAACAGGAUUACAGCCGGAGCCGAUACAGUCUCUACUUGUAAGUCAUUGGAGGGGGUCAGCCAGUGCUGGAGAAUCCAGGGGGGUUUUGCUCUUACCUUCUCUUGCUCCCAGCCUACCAAGCCCAGAUUCUUAACUUUCCCGGUUACUUUAAAAGAGCAUCUGUGUCCACCUCUAAACAAAUACACUGUUUGGCAUGUGACAAUCAUGACUAGAAAACCAGUUGCCCCUAGACAAAAUGACAGACUGAUCCUGUCAGGAUCUGAAUUUGGAGAUCUGCUUUCCCUCCCAGGGACAUCGCAGACACCUAACCAGAGCAGCACCCUAGGACUGUGCUAGUGGUCCUGGUUGCCAGCCCUUCCUAGGGGAACGCAGAAGCCUGAACUUCAGGGUGGCAGCAGGUGUAUAAAGGAACGGCUGGUUUUCAAACACUAAAAUACGGUCAGGUUAAAAAUCCUGGGGUAAAUCAGGAGUGAAUGUUCUGGGUUGCGAUGCACCAUCCCAAGUCUGCAGUGUUUGGCUUACAGGCACAGCAGAUGAUGGUCUUCAUCCACAAACCUUUCUAUGGAGAAUCCGUCUGGCGGGGCCCCUCUCACUUGACUCCUGUAUUUCUGUCCGUGAUUGAGAUUGUAAACCGCUCCCUGCUGGCAGUUAUUCAGAGUGGCGGCAAAGCAGAGCCCCCGCUUUGAAAUCCCCUGAACUUUUGUGCAGUGAGCGUGGGGUUUCUAAAUCUGGAUCUGAGGCUUGGGUCCAUCUGUGCUUCCCACUUCAGGCUACUGGGUAAAGCUUGCAAACUGUGACUGGAUUUAGGCUGUGUCCACCUGGGCCUCAGAUUGGGUUUAGACCCAAUUCCUGCUAACCCUGUUUCUAGCACUGUUCAGCCAGCCAGUGGGGAGGGAGCCAA